GUUUUUGUGGAAUAAACCAAAUAAAAACUGAUGUUCUAUCAUUUAGGUGGUUCAGCAAAGAAAUCUACCUCUCUUGAAACUUUAGUCAUCCAGAAUAUAACAAAUGUGAACGAUUUGAAAACAAAACUUAGCGACAUUAUUGAAAAGGGCAAAGACUAUGAUUUCGACGUGUCUUCUUGUUUAAAGUCAUUGUUGAAGAACAGCGAUCAUGAAAUUAUGCUUUUAACCGUGCAAGCCAUCUCGGAGCUCGCAAAAUGUGAAGAAAAAAGGGAUACUUACGCUCAUGAAGAUAUAAUCAAACCUUUGAUCAAUAUCUUACAGAAAGACCUCACAUCUGAAACGAUAGAGCUAAUUAAACAGAGUUGCCGGGCACUUGGCAACCUAUGCUGCGAUUGUGACACUGCCAGAAAAAUUAUACUCGACAACAAAGGUGUAGAGACCCUAGUAAGCCUCCUUGAAAAGUCCUUACCGAACAGAUCUGCUGAAGAAAUAAAAAUGUUUACAAUCAAGAUAUUGUCAAAUUAUGCUAUUGGUGGACAGGAGUUCUCAGAGUCUAUUGUACAAGGAGGGUUAAUGCCUUUAUUGCAUAAAAUAUUAACUAUAGAACUUGAAAAGGAAGACAUGAAUGACAACAUGGUAUCAACUACUUUGUCAAUUUUGAAUGUUGUGAAUGAAAAUACCCUGGAGUUCCUGUUUGAGCCGGAGGUUAAUAUAGCUGUGUUGAAUAUUUUGAAAGAGACAGCUAAUUUAGAGAUUUCAGAGUUAUGCCUUGAUCAUUUACUUGCACAGGCUGAACAUGAGGAAGUAAAAACUCUACUAGCAAAAGAGAAUGGUGUACAGUUAGUGUGUGGUCGGCUUGAGCAGUUAGUGCAAUGCCAGGAGGCCGGAGAUUUGAGAGCUGAAGAUUCAGAGGUUGAAGCAGUGGUGAAACAGGCCUGCGAUCUGAUUGUUAUUGUUUUGACUGGGGAGGAAGCCGUUCACUUGCUUUACAACAGAGGCAAUGGCGAAGUAUAUAUUACGAUGGUGAAGUGGCUGGACUCCAAUAAUCACCAUUUGUUGACAACGGCUGUUCUUGCCAUCGCAAAUUUUGCCCGACAAGACGACUAUUGCAUACAAAUGAUGGAAGAAAAUAUAUUUGAUAAAUUGCUUGACGUGUUCGAGACGCACCACGCGCAGGCCGCGGCCGCGGUGCAGCACGCGGCGCUGGCGGCGCUGCGCAACCUGCUGAUGCCCGCCGCCAACAAGCGCCGCGCGGGCGCGCGGGGCCGCGCCGCGCCGCUGCUGCUGCGCGCGCUGCCCGCCGUGGAGCAGCAGCACGUGGCCUACAAGCUGCUGGCGGCGCUGCGCAUGCUGGUGGACGGGCAGGUUGGACGAAUGUACUACUUCAUUUGUCAGGUGGAAGGCUGCCUGUACAGCCUGAUAAACAUGCUCAUAGUCUGCCACACGGUGAUGCAGAACGAAGGCGUGCUGGCGCUCACUCUCCUCGCCAUAGAGUCUCUCAAGCCUCAGGACUCUGAAUUCGACUACGAAAAGAGCUUCAUUACCCAACUGGUCAACUCUGAAAUCGGCAAGCACAUAUCGGUGCUCGUAGAGACUAAUUGCGCGAAGAUGCCGGUGGAGGUCGCCGAGAAUUUGUUAGCGUUCCUCGAUAUCACGUCGAAGAAGAACGAGCUCGCUAAAGAUUAUAAAGAGGCGAAGGUUCCUGAAUCUCUGCAGAAAUUCAUGGAUUCAAGAAAAGAUCUCAGUGAUGAUUUAAAAAGCUGUAUCGUGGCAGUUAUCGCAACUAUUUCGGAUAAUGGUAAGGAGAAAUAAAUUUCCGUUAGUAUUAAAAGUCGAUUUGAAUUUGCCAGCAAAUUUUAACAUCUAUAUAAUAUGUAUAGUUUAUUUUAAUAAUUGUCCUGAAUAUUUUUUACUUUUUCAUGCCCUAUAUUGAUUAGUCUUUCUUUUUUGGAAACGGAGUAAAGUGACAAUUCAUUGCGCAAAAGUGUUGCCCGCGUGCGAGCAGCUCAGCUAAUUGCAGUCGAUAAUUAUUCUAUCGACUAUCGACUGAAUGUUGGUCACGUUUAUGCAAUAAAUAGCCGAACUUGUUUCAUUUUAAUCAUCCUUGAAUAAUGAUUCAUCCACAUACUGGGCACGAGUUCAAUUGAGUUGUCAGUUUUUGUAAGUUCAUACAUAGGUACAUUGUACACUGUAUUUGGAAAUGUGACAUAGAGGGGACAUAUUUUAAAGUUUUUCAUUUUAACUCAACAUAGAUAAUCAAAUAAAACGCGUAUAAUUAAAAAAUUGAUCUUGAUAUUAGCAAGCCAACUAUCAGAAUAAGAAUAAAGAAGGCAAUAACACAAUUAGUAACGUCUUAACAUUCGUAAUUCAGUAAUUUUUGACAAAAUUUUAUCAUCUUUUACAAUCCAUCGAUAACUGCAUAACUAUUUAAGAUUUUACGUAACCUGGCAACCCUACAAAUGUCAUUUUACUCCGUCUUAAAAAAAGACAGACUAUAAAACAUAAUGAUAAUAUUUUAAUUGCAUCUGUAAUUUGUAUCGACAUAUUUUAUGAAAUUACUAUGUUAAGACAUAACGUGCUCUAUUAUAAAAACUGUGUUCUACUAUGAAAAUUAUAGUCAAAAUCUGCAUCCCUAGGUGCUUAUUAUUAAAACAGUCGCUUGCAAAGCAUUAGUGAAAUCACAAUGUUCAAGUUUAUAUUCCAGUAAAAUCGGCUACAUCCAUUGAAAUGACGCUACCUCAUAAAUAAAUCGUAGUAAAAAUGGAAGAGAUAGACAGCAAAUAGUUACUUAGUUCAUG